AGUGGCCCGAUCCCCACGCGCCCGGUUCCGACGGUCAGGAUCGCAUAUGUGAGGCUCUGUCCCCCGUAUAUAAUCCCCCCAGUCGCCGUCGAGAUUUCUCCCAAGUGGAGAGCGAGAUCGAGCUCCCGUCGUGCCUGGGAGAGCAGCCGUUCCGGUGUCCCUGCGGAGGAGGAUUAGGGUUUCGUCGCGAGCGAUGGCUGAGCACUCGGAGGAGUCGAGCUCGAAGCCGGAGUCGCUGAUGGAGAAGAUCGUCGGCAAGCUCCACGGCGACUCAUCCUCCUCGUCCGAUUCGGACAACGAGAAAUCGAAGCCGUCCGCCUCAUCCAUCAAGGCCAAGAUCUACCGCCUCUUCGGGCGGGAGAGGUCCGUCCACAACGUCCUCGGCGGUGGCAAGCCUGCUGAUGUUUUCCUGUGGAGGAACAAGAAGAUCUCCGCCGGAGUGAUUGGUGGGGCCACCGCCGUCUGGGUUCUGUUCGAGCUGCUUGAGUACCAUCUGCUCUCUCUGGUCUGCCACUGCCUCAUUCUCUCACUGGCCAUUCUCUUCCUCUGGUCCAAUGCAAGCACCUUCAUCAACAAGGCUCCGCCACGCAUACCAGAGGCGAGCAUUCCCGAAGACCUGGCCGUGAAUGUUGCGCUCUCUCUGAGGUAUGAGAUUAACAGGGCCUUUGCUGUUCUAAGGGAGAUCGCAUCAGGACGGGACCUGAAGAAGUUCCUUGUUGUGAUUGCCGGACUCUGGGUUCUUUCGAUCCUUGGGAGCUGCUGCAAUUUCUUGACCUUGUUCUAUACCAUGCUUGUGACGUUGCAUACGGUGCCAGUUCUGUAUGAGAAGUAUGAGGACAAGGUCGACUCAUUUGCGGAGAAGGCAAUGGCAGAAAUCAAGAAGCAGUAUGGGGUGUUUGAUGCCAAGGUUCUAAGUAAGAUUCCCAGGAGCCCAUUGAAAGAUAAGAAGCACUAGAAGGAAGAAGACAUUCUGAGGUUGCAGUAGGUUUGCACUCUGCAGUCAAUUAGAUGUGGUUUUCUGGUCAAUGUUGUGACUGUUUAUCCUUUAUCGGUUACGGCAUUUGUUUGCACAUUUUACAAAGUGUUUGGUUUCUCAAUUUAAAUAAAUCAAGCUUGUCUAAAUAGUACUGAUUCUUAGCUUUCAUGUCAUGGAUUGUUGCUAUGUAUGCAUGUAGUCUGUGCACUUGCC